AACGCCCUACUUCCGGCGCGUGGUAGAGACCCGCAGGCGCGGCGCUCGCCGAUGACGUCAUCUCCGGGUGCCUUGCUGAGUCGGAAGUGGGAAGCUUUUGGUCGCUGUGGCUGUGAGGUGUCGUCGUUGCUGCCCUUUCAGGCUCUGGUACUUUUAUUUUCAUGUGUAAGCUCAAUGACUAAGUCUAAACUGGAAUCUCCACAGAGGUUCUCAUCAGGUGAUCGGCCCUUCUUUUUCCUCCCCUACCCCUAGAGCUGGAUGGAGAAUACCUUAAAGUGAAAUGACAGACCAGGAGAAUAACAACAACAUCUCAAGUAACCCCUUUGCUGCUCUUUUUGGCUCCCUGGCUGAUGCCAAGCAGUUUGCAGCAAUCCAAAAAGAGCAGCUGAAACAGCAAUCCGAUGAGCUCCCAGCAAGCCCAGAUGACUCGGAUAAUAGUGUGUCAGAGAGCCUGGAUGAAUUUGACUACUCAGUGUCUGAGAUCAGCCGCUCCUUCCGGUCACAGCAAGAAAUAUGUGAGCAACUCAACAUCAAUCACAUGAUCCAAAGGAUCUUCCUCAUUACUCUGGACAACAGUGAUCCAAGCUUGAAAAGCGGAAAUGGCAUCCCCAGUCGUUGUGUGUAUUUGGAAGAAAUGGCAGUAGAGCUGGAAGAUCAAGACUGGCUUGAUAUGAGCAAUGUUGAGCAGGCCAUCUUUGCUCGGUUAUUGCUUCAAGAUCCAGGAAACCACUUGAUCAGCAUGACUUCCUCUACAACAUUAAAUCUCUCUGCUGAUCGAGAUGCAGGAGAGAGGCACAUCUUCUGUUACCUUUACUCCUGCUUCCAAAGAGCCAAGGAAGAGAUUACCAAAGUUCCAGAAAACCUGCUCCCCUUCGCAGUGCAGUGCAGGAACCUCACUGUGUCCAACACUCGGACAGUUCUCCUCACCCCAGAGAUCUAUGUUGACCAAAACAUCCACGAGCAACUGGUAGAUCUGAUGUUGGAGGCCAUUCAGGGAGCCCAUUUUGAAGAUGUAACUGAGUUUUUAGAAGAGGUCAUUGAAGCCUUGCUGUUGGAUGAGGAAGUUCGAACAUUUCCUGAAGUCAUGAUUCCAGUGUUUGAUAUUUUACUAGGGCGAAUAAAAGAUCUGGAGCUCUGCCAGAUCCUACUGUAUGCAUAUCUGGAUAUUCUUCUCUAUUUCACUAGGCAAAAAGAUAUGGCCAAGGUUUUUUUAGAAUACAUUCAGCCCAAGGACCCUAGCAAUGGGCAGAUGUAUCAGAAGACCUUGUUGGGAGUCAUUCUGAAUAUCUCGUGCUUGUUAAAGACUCCGGGUGUGGUAGAAAAUCAUGGCUACUUCCUGAAUCCAUCUCGUUCCAGUCCUCAAGAGAUCAAAGUACAGGAGGCCAACAUCCAUCAGUUCAUGGCUCAGUUCCAUGAAAAGAUCUACCAGAUGCUGAAGAACCUGCUCCAGCUCUCUCCAGAAACCAAGCACUGUAUCUUGUUCUGGCUGGGAAACUGUUUGCAUGCAAAUGCAGGCCGCACCAAGAUCUGGGCCAAUCAGAUGCCCGAAAUCUUCUUCCAAAUGUAUGCCUCGGAUGCCUUCUUUCUGAAUCUGGGUGCUGCUCUCCUGAAGCUGUGCCAACCAUUCUGCAAACCCAGGUCCUCUCGGCUCCUCACCUUUAAUCCCACAUACUGUGUCCUGAAGGAGUUGAACGAUGAAGAACGAAAAAUUAAAAAUGUACAUAUGAGAGGUUUGGACAAGGAGACCUGUUUGAUCCCAGCUGCACAGGAGCCAAUGUUCCCCCAGAGCUACAACCUUGUGACAGAGAACCUGGCCCUGACAGAGUAUACCUUGUUUUUGGGAUUUCACAGGUUACAUGAUCAGAUGGUAAAAAUCAACCAAAAUCUGCAUCGGCUGCAGGUUGCCUGGCGGGAUGCUCAGCAGAGUUCUAGCCCUGCUGCUGACAACCUUCGUGAGCAGUUUGAACGCCUGAUGACCAUCUAUCUUUCAACCAAGACUGCAAUGACUGAACCCCAGAUGCUGCAAAACUGCCUCAAUUUGCAGGUGUCCAUGGCUGUUCUGCUGGUUCAGCUGGCCAUAGGCAAUGAGGGCUCACAGCCAAUAGAGCUAAGUUUCCCUUUGCCAGAUGGCUACAGCUCUUUGGCUUAUGUGCCAGAAUUUUUUGCAGAUAACCUGGGUGAUUUUCUCAUUUUUCUGCGGCGCUUUGCUGAAGACAUCUUGGAGACAUCAGCAGAUUCCCUAGAGCAUGUCCUUCACUUUAUCACCAUUUUCACUGGAAGCAUAGAAAGAAUGAAGAAUCCCCACCUGAGGGCCAAACUAGCAGAGGUGUUGGAAGCAGUGAUGCCUCACCUGGACCCAACCCCAAGCCCCUUGGUGUCCAGUGUGUUCCACCGAAAACGCGUGUUCUGCAGCUUUCCAUAUGCUCCCCAACUCUCAGAAGCCCUAAUCAAGGUUUUUGUGGACAUUGAAUUUACAGGGGACCCUCAUCAAUUUGAACAGAAGUUUAAUUACCGCCGUCCUAUGUAUCCCAUCCUAAGAUACAUGUGGGGGACAGAUAGCUAUCGGGAGAGCAUUAAGGGUUUGGCUGACUACGCCUCUAAGAAUUUAGAAGCUAUGAAUCCCCCACUGUUCCUCCGAUUUCUUAACCUAUUAAUGAAUGAUGCUAUCUUCCUUUUGGAUGAAGCCAUACAGUAUUUAAGCAAGAUAAAGAUUCAGCAGAUUGAGAAAGACCGAGGAGAGUGGGAGAGUCUGACACCAGAAGCCCGCCGAGAGAAAGAGGCAGGUCUGCAGAUGUUUGGGCAGCUGGCACGUUUCCAUAACAUCAUGUCCAAUGAAACAAUUGGUACUCUUUCCUUCCUGACAUCAGAGAUCAAGUCACUGUUUGUGCAUCCCUUUCUGGCUGAGCGCAUCAUCUCCAUGCUGAACUACUUCCUGCAGCACCUGGUUGGCCCCAAAAUGGGCGCUCUGAAAGUCAAGGACUUCAGCGAAUUUGACUUCAAACCUCAGCAGCUUGUAUCAGACAUCUGCACCAUCUACUUAAAUCUUGGGGAUGAGGAGAAUUUCUGUGCCACUGUGCCCAAGGAUGGACGUUCCUAUUCCCCUACUCUCUUUGCACAGACAGUCCGAGUCCUGAAGAAAAUCAAUAAGCCCGGGAAUAUGAUUGUGGCUUUCAGUAACUUGGCAGAGAGAAUCAAGUCUCUUGCAGACCUCCAGCAACAGGAGGAGGAGACAUAUGCAGAUGCCUGUGAUGAGUUCCUGGACCCCAUCAUGAGCACGCUGAUGUCUGACCCUGUGGUGCUCCCGUCUUCCAGAGUCACUGUGGACAGAUCCACCAUUGCCAGGCACUUACUCAGUGACCAAACAGAUCCUUUUAACCGUAGUCCCCUUACCAUGGACCAGAUCCGGCCAAACACAGAACUGAAGGAAAAAAUCCAACGGUGGCUGGCAGAGAGGAAGCAACAAAAGGAGCAACUUGAAUAAAUACUCUGAACUAAACAACCUAAACCAGCUUGGGGUGUAAACAGUUGUUUGUGGCUUCUCUUUCUGGCACUCAUCCUUUUCUGUGUCUUUAAUUUUCUUUCUUUCUUUCUUUUUUCUUUCUUUCUGUGUUGUGUGUGUUUUGUUUUGUUUGUUUGGUUUGGUUUGGUUUCAGUUUAUUUCAUGUGUUGUUUUUCCUUUACUAAAUUAGAAAAUUGUUCUUGUGCAAAUUAUGAUAAUUAAGAUUCUUAAGACCUUGUUUCCCUGGCUUGCAGGAAUUUCUCUUUCUUACAGCCUCUUUAUAAAUCACUAAUUUUCAGCCUUGGUUUUCCUAUUCCUCUUGUUUCCUUUUCUGUCCUAAAUUAUAUUAAGUCCAACAACAAAAAUGUCCUGUCACUUUAUUCCUUCCCUUCCCAAGUACUGUUGAGACAUUUUUUAGUGAACACUGCUUUUAAGUCUAUGAUGUCAGCUACUUUAGUGACAGCUGAUAGCAUCCAAAAGCCCUGAUGUACUGUUUAUUUAUUACCCCAGAAGGUCUGGGCUUAAGACCCUGUUCUUACUACAGCUCUGUAAUAUUACAGAGUAAUUUUCCAGAUAAAUACAAAUACCUUAGUGUGUGUACACAUUUUUGGCUAAUGGGCAAAAUGGGAGAGGCUUAUACAGCUUGUGUUGGUAUCUCUUAGCUUUGUGUUUUCUUGUAACUUAAAGAUACCAUCACAAACACUCCUAUGAGGCUGUCACCACCAAAAACUUAACUGCAUGAUCUUUUAAUGAGUGAUACUGAUGGGUGAAACCUCCAGUAAGAGAAUAAGAAACUGUUGGGCCCUUUUCUCUUUUUGUGCUCCAAGGACUAGGCCUGAGAAAAAUAUUCUAUCUAUGAAAAUGCCAUUUUAGGACACUUAAUGUAGUGUGUGUUUAUUAUACACAGAUACUGUGUCCUUUUUGUAUACCACAUUAUAUUGUGUCCUCCUGCUAAGAUUUAUGUAGUAUAUGGCAAUGUUUUCUCACAUACUCAGUCUAGUCAGGUAAAAUUCUAAGACUCUAACAUGUAUAUAGCAAAUGUUUGGGCUGUGACCUGGCUUCUAAGAGCUGCUUCUCAUCUAGCCUUAGUUUAUCAAUUAACAAAGUAGAGAUUGGAGCAAAAUCCUAUCCAGGAACCAUUUUAAAUCCACUGAGCUCUGGAUCAUUAGUAAGUGGAUCAGCCCCACUUCUCCAACUGUUUUGCUAUGAGAGGCUCAGUCCUCUAUGGGAUGUUUUUAUAUCAGUACUAGUCUCAGACCAGAGGUGUAAAGGAUGAGAAAAAUGGGAUUGUGGCUUCCUUUACAGAACAUUACUGUUACAAAAGCAUAUACAUCUACAGAAGCAGUGUUUUGGUAUUCCAAUACAAGUUGCCAAAAGCAGUCAUUUGUGUGUUUUUUUGAUAGUAUCAACUGGAAAACCUAUGAUCAGAGAGAGCACCUCACUCUGGCUAGUAAAUCAGUGUUUCCUGUGGCUGUGCUUCUCUGUGAACAGGGAAUCCUAGGGAACAUUUGUGAAUGCCAGAAUAUUAACCCUGGGCCUUUAGGUACAGGUUGACAGGAUUUCUUUUCUUCAAAUGAACUUCAUUUGCUGUGUAUUAUUCUGCUUUCCCUCACUGGGAAUGAACUGCAUAUGAAAUAAGCUUCUGUCUGCUGCACUUAAUUUUCCAAAGCUAAUGUGGUGGGAUGCUUUUAUUUGAAAAAAGGGGAAGGCCAGAGUUUUGCAAGUGAAAACUGGAGGAAAAUGGGUACAAAACCUCAAGAAGACAGCUGCUUCCAAUGACCUCUAUGCUGCCUCUAGUGUCUGUCUGUAUUCUACUUCCAAACUGACCCUUCAGAUUGUAAGCCUUUUUUUGGCGAGUUUGUGUUUUGUCUUCUUUUUAAGCUCUUCUGAUACUUUUCUAUGAAUGGCUGUGACACCACUGAUGCUGCUGAAUACCUUGUAUCACAAAAGCAAGUGUGUAGCUUCAGGCCACUAUUGGUGAGGAAACCAAGUGUCCUCUGUGCCUUCUUUCUUUCUGUGGACUAAUUUAAAGACAUCUAGAAAAAGGAACUCUAAAGACUACCACCCUGGUCCAAUAAAAUACACAUGUGCAUUUGCAAAGGUAAAGGGGUGUCUCAUCUGGAACUCGGCAACAGCUGUGAAUCUGUUGCGACUUCCUGACAUACCUAGUUUUACUUGCUGGAGUAGGAAAGGAAAGUGAAGACUUUGGUCAGCUCUGGUAUUGCUCAUAACUCAACAAGAGGCUAAUACUAAACUUGGAAAAUUACUUAGGGUUCAAGCAGUUGUUUGUUUAAUAUAGCUUUUCCUGGCGUGUGAAAGUUGAGGGACACUUGAGAAGUAGUCUAACAGUGCAGGUGAAGGGGCCAGUUGCUGCUUGGUACCACAUUCUACAAAAGCUUCAUUACUUUAUUUGGUUCUGGUUGCCAAGCAGCCAGUGGGCAAAGCCUACGACUAUUGGGUACCUUUACAAGCCAUGCUGGUGCUGCACUGUUGUCAUGUGAGGAAAUAGUGAACAUAUUAUAACUGCUAAAUGGGAAAAGAACCUAGAGACAGAAACUGAAGAACAAAAAACAACAAAGAGGUUGACUGAAAUAAAACUCGAUCAACAUAACUGUAUUUGAAACAUUCCAGGAAGGGUACUUCUUGUCAAACCUGCCUGGGGGUGUUUGUUCAAAACUUGUAUUUAAUAAAUGAGCACCUGACUGAC